UCCGACAUUUCGCACGCUUUCACGCAACAUAUACGCGAAAAUAAGGUACUUUGUAAGGUAUCGUUCUGUUGUUUGUGCCGUGCUCACGUGAUCUAUUAUUAACAAUGAUCCGGGAAUCCGGAUAAAAUGGAAUUGUUACCUAACCACAAACUGAAUUCAGACAGUAUUUGUACCUGAUUGUAAAGUGUGGCUUAGAUUAGACUGAUAUGGAAUAAUUAGGGCCUAGCUGUACAGAUGGGAAACUUGCAAAUCUCCAUUCUGAUCCUGCUAGUGAUGGCCGUUCUACUGUUGAUAGUCUUUCUAGUUUUCUGUUAUUCUCUGGACGUUGUCACGUGGAUUACCGCCUGGAUGUGUUCAAAUCGAGAGGAAAAGAUCGGCCUAACUCGGUCCAAAGGACACUAUAAUGCUAACGGAUACUUGGUUCACUCGGAUUCAGACAUCCACUUAGAUUCGACUGGUAGUUUUAGACGUUUCGAUUCCGUUGACAGAGACUUUAAAAUAACACUUGCCACAACAAGCCUUAUGGGUGAAUGGAGCAGUUACGACGAGGAUCGUUCGAUACCUCCGCAACCCCUUCGACCAGCACCUGUUCCAUCACCGUCACCUCCGCCGAUAACAAUCAAAGAUAACCCCGCACCAAAGAAACAAAGCAGCAGCGAGGACUCCAUAGAGAGGACAUCGAUUUCGCCAAUACCCCGACCGGUUUCUUCGGUCAAUAUGGCGACUUUAGCUUCUCAGUCGUCAUUUCCAGUUUGUCUGACGCCGCCGCCGACCCCUUCGACCCCGUCAGUCGCCGCCGCCCAACAGGUGGAAGCUCAGAGUGAAGAAGUAGAAAGUGUGUCGGUCGCGCUAAAGAGAGCAUUGUCCUGCGACAGCGUGUGUUCUGAUACUUCCGUCGCCUUGGGGGACCUGGAGGAAGUCAAUAUAACAGGGUACUUGUGCAUCGGACUAGAAUACGAAAGCGAAUGCUGCGACUUGGUGGUGAACGUCCUCGAGGCCAAAGACUUGAUCGGUCCCAACCGCACAGAAAACGUAUCAGAUUCAUACGUUCGUGUAUUCCUGCUUCCCGACAAAGAAGCGACAAUACAAACGAAAGUUUACCGAGGAUCAAACAGCCCUAGCUACAAAGAACGUUUCCUUUUCUCCCUCAAUCCUCGAGAACAAUCGCAGCGAUCCCUUUGUUUCCAUGUAUAUUCCACCGAUUUAUUAUCGCACACCUUGAUCGGCGAAGGGGAGAUACGUCUGGGAGAUAUCAGCUUGAGGCAGCCAGUCACCACAUGGGUCACCCUCACCGACACGGGACAGAAAGGCACCGAGUUUGGCGAGGUAAUGUUUUCACUCAGCUACUUGCCCACCGCUGAGAGACUGACGGUCGUUGUGGUGAAAGCGAGAAACUUGAAGUUUCAAAGCGAGUCACCGGGCGAUGCUUUUGUUAAAGUAUAUUUAAUGCAACAAAGCAAGAAAAUCCACAAAAAGAAGACUUCUACGAAGAAAGCUGAGAGAAGCCCGAUUUUUAACGAAUCAAUGAUGUUUAGUGUACCUGCUCACACUUUAUCGACAAUCCAGUUACGUCUGACUGUAGCCGAAGCUUCGCCUAAUCCUUCAACAAAAGCCUUCGCAGUAGGACACGUGAUAGUUGGAGCUCAAGCUACUGGCAGAUCACUGAAUCAUUGGAACCAAAUGUUAACUGCCCUAAGAAAACCCGUUGCCAUGUGGCAUACCCUUCGAAAGUAAUCAACCCUCUCGUUUGUUGUUCUUUAUCAUCUUAAUAAUCAUAACAUUAAUUGUUAAAACAAGCCUAUCAACAAAAUCUGUGAAACAAUAGAAAUCGUAGUAUUAUAGCUUUGUAAUGUAUACUGUAGUUAGAGGCUGGAACUGUUUUUUUGAUAGGCUCCACUCUGUUAUUUCAACUGUUUCCGAAUUCUGUGACGGUAUGUCGACGAAGUCAGACGUACCUUUACAUAGUGCAGAAAUUACACACUCUCAAGUGUUUACUUCCAUAAAUGUGAUAAAUAGCCUUUUUGCUGGUUUAAAAAAAAUUAUACCGUUGAUAUUUAUCUAUUUAAAUUCUAUUUAUAUGUUAAAUGUAGUCACUUCGUACCGAAAAAAUCUUAAAAAAAAAACAGUUAAAUCUUAAACCUGUUGUGACAAUAAAAAAUUCUUUUUGUUGUUUUUGUAGUGUUAGACUUUUAGAUUGGUAUUUUGGCUUUAAGCUGUGAUACUUCGGGCACAUCCAUCAUUUCACGUAUAACGUUUAUAACCCAAAACUGAUUGUUUUGUUGUAACCUAAUAAAAAUAAACCAUCUUA